AUGUCGGCCAAGAUUGUAGGUACUCUUCAAAGCACUCUGUCCAAGCUCAACGCUCUGCAGAAGCCCAUCGUCUACAACACCAAGGUCGCUGCCGAAGUUGCCAAGCAGGUCUACACCAAGGAAGGCAUGAGCUUCCCCUCCGGUGAACAGUUCGCCCAGGCCCAGCAAACCGUCCAAAAGAGCUUGAAUAUGUCGGCAUGGAAGAACUUGACCGUUCGCGAUGUUGCAAAGGGUGGCGUUGUUGCAGCUGAGCUGUACACCUUCUUCCUCAUUGGCGAAAUCGUUGGACGUAGAAACUUGAUCGGUUAUGACGUUAAGCCUGCUGUCGAACACCACGAACACUAA